CUUUUAGCUUUACAUUUUAUUUUUGAUAUAAAUUGCACCUGCUACAAAACACCUGUUAGAAUAUAAUUCAGAGUGUAUUUUUAAAUUUUAAUUGAGCGCCAAAACAUACUCACACUCUCAUCCCUAAGAGUGAACGAAACUAUCGUUAAACGGAAACAUCGAUAGCGUCGCUUGACAUGAUAUCAUAAAAUAGUAAUAUCGAUAGUCGUAUAUCAUCAACAUUAAAGUCAGCCCAGAAGUGCUAAAAAAUUUAGUAUUGUUGAAAAAAUUAAAAAUAUAUAAUGCGCACAGUGCUUUUGAGCAAAUCCGAUGAGCUCUAUCUGGAAAAGUGCGCUCAGGAACACAGUUUCACGUACGGAAUUAUCGUUGGUCACCAAGCAGAUGUCUGCAAAAGCAUUGUUGUUCACCUGGCCCGCAACAGCGAGGAAGAUGCCGACCUGGAGGAUUUGACCGACGUGCGAUUAACAAUACGCGACAUCAACUCCCAGGCUCUGGCCUCCCAAUGGCUGAGCGCCAGUAAAAUGUGUCCCGGAUCCUUCGAUGUCAUAGGUAUAUUCAUUGCUUCGGUGCGUCCUGAUGUAGCCAACGAACGCAGCGAAGAGUUUAAGAAUGCCAAAAAAGUGUUUUCCGAUGUAUACGACUUACUGCUCAAGAGCAACAACUCCUUUGGAGUCUACACCACAGACUUGGCACAAACUGACUUCAUAUUCCUAUCCUACUCUUUGGCCGAUAAAACUCUGCUCUGCAAAAACUAUACCUACGGAAAUGGCGGCACCUUUUCGAGCAUGGACUACCGCUUUGUUGAGAAACCAUUUGAGUGGAUUCAAUUUGAGUGCAAUUACGACUUGGAAGACGUCAUACCCAUUGUAGAUACCACCAGGCGCAUUAACAUUGAAGAACAGUUUCAAAACAUUAUAUCUACGAUUCGCAAAUAUCUGAUCGCCAGCGAGGUAUUCCUGCAAAACGAAUUGGUUGACGACGCAAUGGACUUGCAGACGUAUAUUAAAAAGAAAAAACUUAAGGAUGAUAAGCUUAAAACGAACUCGACCACUUCAGCCGGAAGUGCAGCCAACACGCCGGUAUCUGCGACUGCAUCUACGUUACAUCUACUAUCAGCCAUUGAUAGUUCCAAUGGAGGCGUCAUAAGAGCCAACAUUAUAAUGCCUGUCAAGUGUCAGGUGAACAAUCCGAUAGAUAUAAAAGUUCGGGAGUUCAGUGGGACUCUGCGCAUGAGCGGAAUGAUCUUCUCACGAAUUUACUGCAACCCACGAAACAGCAUGGCAGACGUGAAGCGUUACCUGCGCGACGACGUGCUGCGCUCAUUGAUCACUCGGAUUCAGGUCUACUGCGAUGGACUGACCGAUCCGCAUAUUAGCAACGAGGCGGUCUACAUAAGCGAACCACCGAGACGCGUGUUCUUCGCCAUACCCUCGGAUGGUGGCAAUACAUCAAGUAACUCGGUUCAGUUCUCCGAGUAUUUGUUCCGUGGUGAAGCGCCCACUGUGGUUGUAUCUCAAGCCAAGCAAGUACUUGAUGUUGAGCUGGAUCCGGAGACAAUUUAUCUGGAUGCUGAGGGCCUGCCAGAUGAUGUGAAUUUUAAUUCUACAUCAACAGACACCGAAGUAGAGGACUCACUCAGAUUGACUAGCACAAUGCCAAAGCGCGAAUUGUCGCGUAGUCUCUAUAUGGUUGGCAUUGCGGUGGCUCUCUUAGUGCUGCUUGCCUCGAUGGCUCUCCAUUACGCAAUGAGCGGAUAGUGCAGGCAGCUAAAAGCUGGCUAUUGGUUGCAUGUUCGACUAACCUUUACACCUUUACACAUACACACAACCCAAUCCAUUUAUACAUGGCAUAACAUAAAUCUUGUGAUGGUUUUUUAUUAUUAUAUUAUAAACCAAGGUGUACUCUUACUUGUAGUAGAAUAAAUGUAAAAAUGUCCCGUUAAA